GGCUCGCUUUCCAUUUUUUCCUCUCCGCACAAAAUCAAUCGGCGGCGCACGAUUGCGGUUCCCCUCGCCGCGCCAGCGUUCCCAAUUCCGCGAGAUCGGGCGAGGCCCAGAGUAGUUCGGUCGGGCGUGGGCUGACCAUGGCGGUGGAGGAGGCGGCCGAGAGCUGCGGGAGCCAUGCGGCGGCCGCGGGCGCCGCGGCGGGGUCGGGGUCCCCACCGUCGUCGGCCGCGUCGGGGGCGCAGUCGAGGAAGCAGCAGCAGCAGCAGCGCCACAAGCUCGAGGUCUACACGCAGGUGCUCCGCCGCCUGCAGGACGGCGGCGUGCCCGAGGGCCAGUCCCCCGGGUUCGAGGACGAGCUCUGGUGCCACUUCAACCGCCUGCCCGCGCGGUACGCGAUGGAUGUGAACGUGGAGAGGGCGGAGGACGUGCUCACCCACAAGCGCCUGCUGGGGCUGGCCAAGGAUCCGGCGCUGCGCCCGGCGUUCUCGGUGCGGGCCGUGCAGGUGUCUCCAGUUCUUGAUGGGAACCAGACUGAUGCUGAUUCACACACUGCAGGGGAAGUUGCUUCAAGGCUCUUAAACAGGCAACAAAGCAUCCACCCUCCUCCUGCCUUUGGUUCAUCUACAAACCUUGAGGCCCUUGCUCUUGAAGCAAGCAAGUCUCAAGGCCAAGAUCAUGAUAGCACCUCAGAUAAUGUUCGAUCUUUGUACAGACCCAUGCAUGAAAUCACCUUCUCCACCAUUGACAAACCAAAGCUUCUCAGUGAGCUGACAUGUCUGCUUGGUGAAAUUGGUCUCAACAUUCAAGAAGCACAUGCAUUUUCGACAAAUGAUGGCUACUCACUCGACGUAUUCGUUGUUGUUGGCUGGCACUCUGAGGAAACAGAGGAUUUAGUACAAGAAGUAAAGAAAGAAAUGAGCAAGAUGGAGGAGACACACACGUGGUCUACAUCUCAUUCAUGGUCUUCUCCAGUUGAAAAUAUGCAGAUUGUGGAGAACUCACCAGCUGAUCAUGUUGAAAUACCUACAGAUAGUGCCAGUGAAUGGGAGAUUGAUAUGAAACUACUCAAUUGUGGGAAUAAAGUAGCAUCUGGAUCAUAUGGUGAUCUUUACCGGGGUACCUAUUGUAGUCAAGAUGUCGCUAUUAAAGUGCUCAAACCUGAGAGGGUCAAUGUGGACAUGCAGCGUGAAUUUGCCCAGGAGGUUUAUAUUAUGCGGAAGGUUCGUCACAAGAACGUUGUGCAAUUUAUUGGUGCAUGCACCAAACCCCCAAGGCUUUGCAUAGUCACAGAAUUUAUGUCUGGUGGAAGUGUGUAUGAUUACCUCCAUAAACACAAAGGUGCCUUCAAGCUCCCUGCUUUAGUUGGAGUUGCAAUUGAUGUGUCAAAAGGCAUGAACUACUUGCACCAAAACAAUAUUAUUCAUCGGGAUCUGAAAACUGCCAAUCUUCUUAUGGAUGAAAACGGGAUGGUUAAAGUCGCUGAUUUUGGUGUUGCACGUGUUAAAGUUCAGUCUGGAGUAAUGACUGCAGAAACCGGGACAUACCGUUGGAUGGCCCCAGAGGUUAUAGAACACAAGCCCUACGACCACAAGGCCGACGUAUUUAGUUUUGGAAUUUUGAUGUGGGAACUGCUCACUGGGAAGAUUCCUUAUGAGUACCUGACACCAUUACAAGCAGCUGUAGGUGUGGUUCAGAAGGGAUUGAGGCCUACAAUACCAAAAAAUGCCCAUGCAAAGCUUGCGGAGCUCCUCCAGAAGUGUUGGCAGGAGGACCCCGCUCAAAGACCAGACUUCUCAGAAAUACUAGGAACUCUUCAGAAAAUCGCAGAGGAGGUUGGAGAGGAGCAUAAUGGCAAACCCAAGGAGAAAACCUUGGGGGGCUUCUUUUCGGCUUUAAAGGGGCGAGGACACUGAAGCGGCGCAAAUGUACAUGUUAUUUGGAUGGGUCUGAGCGAAGAUCAGCGCCUGUUCCUCGGCAUACCCAGUGCUGUCUUCUGCAGUGAACUGGAAAGUUUUCGGCUGCAGUUUCGCACAUUGGCUGCCGCAGAUAGUUUUUUCUGCUUAUUACUUCCGGUGUGUUCUGUCACAUGGUGUAACAUAGUAGGAGAGUGCUUGCAAAAAUUGUACAUUAUUUAAUCUGAUUCUUCUAACAGGUUGUAACUUGCACAUGACAUAAUAAGCCUAGUUUAGGGUGUGCUGUGAUUCUUUUAAUUGUGAUUAUCUUUAUACAUGAUUAUCCUGGUGAUUUGUAUCA